CGGCCGCGCGGGACCCGGCCGGCGGCGCACUUCCGCCAGGGCGCAUUGCAGCCCCGCGGACGGUUGGGCCAGGGUGCGGGCUUGCGCCUCCCUCGGCUGCUGGCGCGGGCCUCGAGGCUCUAAGAUGGAGGACGGCGGUAUCUGCCCUAUGCACAACGCAGGGUGAUUGCAGGGUUGACACUGCCUGUCUGAAAACGAAGGAGCUCUGGUUCUCAACCCGGCAGCCAGUAGAAUCGUUUGGGAAGCCUCCAAAUGCUGAUGCCCCAUCAUCACCGGGGAAUUGUGAUCUGUGGCCAGGACCGAGAUCCACGGGCCCAGAGUGAAAUGACAGUACUGUGAUCACGACUGGAAUAUGCACUUCGCCGAAUGUGGAUCACAGUCUUGAGAAAGGUGGAAGAUGUCUAUGGAUGUGACAUUUCUGGGGACGGGUGCAGCAUAUCCAUCUCCAACCCGGGGUGCCUCUGCUGUGGUCCUUCGGUGUGAAGGCGAGUGCUGGCUCUUUGACUGUGGGGAGGGAACACAGACACAGCUUAUGAAAAGCCAACUUAAAGCAGGGAGAAUUACCAAGAUCUUCAUCACACAUCUUCAUGGAGACCAUUUCUUUGGCCUGCCUGGGCUCCUCUGCACAAUCAGCCUGCAGAGUGGCUCCAUGGUGUCCAAACAGCCUAUUGAAAUCUAUGGCCCUGUAGGGCUUCGGGACUUUAUCUGGCGAACCAUGGAACUCUCUCACACGGAGCUGGUCUUCCGUUAUGUGGUUCAUGAACUGGUUCCUACAGCGGAUCAAUGUCCUGCAGAAGAAUUAAAAGAAUUUGCACAUGUGAAUAGAGCAGGCAGUCCUCCCAAAGAGGAACAAGGAAGAACUAUCCUAUUAGACUCAGAAGAAGACUCGUACCUUCUGUUUGAUGAUGAACAGUUUGUUGUAAAAGCAUUUCGCCUCUUUCACAGAAUUCCCUCAUUUGGGUUUUCAGUCGUGGAAAAGAAACGCCCAGGUAAACUCAAUGCACAGAAACUAAAAGACCUUGGUGUUCCACCAGGUCCUGCCUAUGGGAAGCUGAAAAAUGGAAUUUCUGUUGUUCUGGAAAAUGGGGUUACAAUUUCUCCCCAAGAUGUCUUAAAAAAGCCUAUUGUUGGAAGAAAAAUCUGCAUAUUGGGUGACUGCUCUGGGGUUGUGGGUGAUGGAGGAGUAAAGCUGUGUUUUGAAGCAGACCUGUUGAUCCAUGAAGCGACCCUGGAUGAUGCCCAAAUGGACAAAGCAAAGGAGCACGGCCACAGCACACCACAGAUGGCAGCUACAUUUGCAAAGUUGUGCCGUGCAAAGAGGCUGGUUCUGACUCACUUCAGUCAGAGGUACAAACCAGUUGCCUUGGCCAGAGAAGGAGAAACAGAUGGCAUUGCAGAACUAAAAAAGCAAGCUGAAUCAGUGUUAGAUCUCCAAGAAGUGACUCUAGCAGAAGAUUUUAUGGUGAUAAGCAUUCCAAUCAAGAAAUGAAACCAGUGUUCCUGGGUGCAUACUGACAUGUCUGUGAAUAUGUUACUGAACCUACAGUCCAGUUUUUUAUUUCUUGUUUUAGUCUGAGAUUAUUUGGGCCUUAAUAAUCCUAAAAAGAAUGGAGCUGCAUUGAUGAAUUGGCUCAGUAUUUAAAGGGAGCAAGCUUUUUGAUAAUAAAUCUUUUUAAGAGGAAAAAAACCCCAGCAUCCUUUUUAAUGUCCAGAUUUGACAAAAUGAUAGACUAUUCAGGUAUACGUCUCAUUUUGUGCUGCUACCACAGAUAGCCAAUAUUCCAUGCAGUCCUGGGUUUAGCUUCUGCCCAGCUUUAUUGCUGCUGUUGGCAAAGAGCACAGGACUCAGCCCUCGUGGCUAAAAAUGGUAUUUUGGCAGUUUGUAUUGAAUCUGUUUGUGUUAUUAACAGAAUAAGGAGAAAUGUCAUGAAACGCUGGACACGCAGGAUUGACGAUAGCAUGACCAUAGCUUUGCUGGAAUACUGAAUGCAGGGUUUGGCUAGGUGUUUAUUUUCACAUUUUAUUGAACUUUCUGUUUGACCCUUAACCCAUAGUUCUCAGCUUGGGUGACACUGCUCCUCUGGAAGCAGGUUUGAAAUUAUGGGGAUGUUUUCUUGUCACAGUGACUGAGUAUGGUGGGGCUAGGUGGUGGUGGUGGUAGUAGUGGUGGUAAUGGUGGUACUACUGCUACUGGUAUUUAGUCAGCAGGGAUCAGGGAUGCUAGAUGUCCUGCAAAGUUUUGGUCAGUAAUGUACAAUAAAGAAUCAUCUCACCCCGAAAUGCAAAUUGCAGACCCAUUGAGAUACACAGCAAGUUAAAGUUUAUACUCUUGAUGUGAAUAUAGUUUACCAAAAUUAGUGACAUAAUGAGUCAAAUUACUAGGUAAGUCAAAUCCAAAAGAGUGAAUAUGUUAGAAUUGCAAUGUCAUACCAAAUAACAUUCAAAAGAAAUGAGCCAUCAAGUGAAGCUUAUGAACCUGGAGGUAAAAAAUGCUUAUCUAUUAAACUAAGGUUUCUUUUUUUUUUUUU